AUGAACAUCCAUCAUUUAUUCUUUCUGGAUUAUUUAGUUGGAAAUGAUAUACAACAAACACUUCGAGAAAGUGAGGAAAAUUAUAAAUCUAACAUUGAAGAUUUUCAAGAAAAAUUCGAGCAAUCAACAGAAAAUGUUCAAAAAAAUCUUGUUAAAAAACAAGAAGAAAGUGAUGAGUUGCAAAAAAAUUCAGAGCAACUUGGUGAAGAAUUACUCAGAAUUCGUGCAGAAUUGGAGGCACGUAAUGAACAAAUAGAAGAAUUACAAAAACAAAUUUCUAAUAAUAAAUCAUCUUCAUCUCCACCACCAAAGCAAACUGUACACAUGAGUGCCAACCCGCUGGAGCACCUUUUGGAUCUGCAAAGUCUAAAUAAAUUGAAACACUAUCCGGGUUAUUGUUUCCGGAUGGAAAUAGCAAAAUCCGCCUGA